AUGACCAACAUAAGCAGGUCACCAUUCACAAAUGAGAUCGAACGGACAGAUCCACCUCGCGGGUUCACUAUGCCUCACUUCACUUCGUACAAGAGAGACGAAGAUCCGGAUCGAUAUCUCAAGCACUAUUGCAGUACCAUGAUCCUUUACAAGAACAACGAUGCGCUUAUGUGCAAAAAUUUUGCCAUAACUCUACAAGGCGAAGUGCAAGAUUGGUUUCACACUUUACCACCGCAGUCAAUCCGUAGUUUCAACGAACUUUCCUUUGUUUUCAUUAAGGAGUAUUCGUCUAACUGCUCAAUCAAAAGGACAUCCGACCAUCUCUUCAGCAUCAUAAAAGACCCUAGGGAGACAAUUCGUGAUUAUGUCAAGAGGUUCAAAGCUGAGAAGGCCAAGAUUGUUGGUUGCAAUGAGGACAUAGCAAUGGCAGCAUUCAGAAAUGGGCUUCCCACCGAACAUCUUUUAUUCGGAAAACUAAUCAUGGGAGAAGAACUGACCUUAAUAGCUUCGUAUGCUUGGCAGAAAAGCAUGCAUUAUGGGACGAGGCCAACCAGUCUAACAAAAAUGAGUCGAAAAAGAAGCACAUGGAACGUUCAUCGACCAAAGAAGACUCAGGGCCUGAAACAUUCACCAAGUUCACAGUUCCAAUCGGCCAAAUUCUCCGCAAGCUCAAGAAUGAACCUUGGUUCGAAUUGCCGUCACCCAUGA